ACCGCGUGGCACUCAAGAUAUUUAUCCCCCCCGCUCCCUAAUUUGCCAAAAAGUACAACAAAUUAUUGCUGAAAUACUUCGCCAAAAUAAUUAUCAGCCGAUAAUUUUUCCCACUUUUGAGGCGAAAGAAUUAUUUACUACUUCUUUGGGUUUUACGACUGAUAUAGUUCACAAAGAAAUGUAUACCUUUGCGGAUAGAAGCGACCGCCAAUUAGUUUUGCGACCGGAGGGAACGGCCAGCGUGGUCCGUCUGGUUUGUCAAAACAAGUUAAUCAAAGAAAGUUACCCAUUGAAACUAUACUACUGGGCUAACAUGUUUCGCUAUGAGCGUCCACAACAGGGGAGAUACCGGGAAUUUUGGCAAUUGGGGGUGGAAUUAAUUAAUGCCGAAGGGAUUAUUGCCGAUUAUCAAAUAUUAAAAUUAACUGCCGAUAUUUUUCGUGGUUUAGGAAUUAAUAAGGGUUUUAGUUUUAAAUUGAAUUAUUUAGGCAACAACGAGACCAAAGAAAGAUACAAAAAAAAAUUAAAAGGCUUUAUUAAAAAGACUGUUCCUGAUUUGUGUGCUGAUUGUCAAAGGAGGAACGAAACUAAUCCAUUACGGAUACUAGAUUGCUCGCUUU